GUGUUUGCAGGAAGUUCCUUACAAUACUUUAAUAAAUUAUAUCAGCCGACUGGCGCACAUUGAAAUUCAAGCUGCCAGUUGUGUGAUGUAACAGUCCGUAAUGGUGACAAUAUCUGCAGUUUCUUGGUCGGAAAAAGUCAACAGCAGAUCAGCGUUCCAUUUCUUUAGCUCUUAUUUCCUGCGCAUCACUUUUACAGUGUCUGUGCAUAGAGCAGAGAGGUAGCGACCUAAAUUGUCUGGAGCUGUAAGUGAUGGCAGAUAAAACAGCAAAGAGGGGCAAGUUAGUGGUGGUUGGCGGUGGAAUUGCAGGUGUUUCGUGUACUGAACAGCUUGCUUCACAGUUCCCAUCCGAAGAAAUUGUGCUUCUGACUGCUGCCCCUUUGAUAAAAGCCGUGACGAACUUCAAACAGGUUUCCAAGACACUGGAGGACUUCGAUGUGGAAGAACAGCCUUGCAGCAUUAUAGAGAAGAAGUAUCCAAAUGUGAAAGUGAUCCAGUCAGUAGUGAAACAGCUUCAAGCAAAAGAGCAUAAGCUGCAGACAGAGAAUGGGAAGGAGCUCCAUUAUGAGAAGCUGUGUAUCUGUAGUGGUGGCAGACCCAAGCUCUUUAUACGUGACAGCCCCCAUGUGCUGGGGAUCCGAGACACGGACAGUGCGCAGGAGCUUCAGAAGCGCUUAUCAAAGGCAAAGAGGAUAGUUGUUAUUGGGAAUGGAGGAAUUGCCUUGGAGCUGGUGUACGAGGUGGAGGGUUGUGAGGUCAUUUGGGCGGUGAAGGACAAGGCCAUCGGAAAUACCUUUUUCGACGCAGGUGCUGCACAGUUCCUUAUCCCCUGCAUGGACACCGACAAGCCAGAAAGAGCCACACCCUACAAGAGGACCCGCUACACCACUGACCGGGCUGCACCUACAUGCGCCCCCUCUGCAGAGCAUGGUAAACCGAACCAGAACCCAGAUUCGGCAGAGAAACUAGGCAGUGCUCUGGGCCCAGACUGGCAUGAAGGCAUGAAACUGAGAGGAGCACAAGAGGUAUCCCGCAGAGUCCACGUGGAGUAUCAGUGCGAGGUCCUGAAGGUCUAUACAGCUGAGGAAUUCCUGAACUCUCAGCAUGAAUCCCAGGAGUCCUCACAGUGCGGCCUGGAUCCAUCGUCAGAAACAGGGCUCUGGCCAGUGUAUAUAAAGCUAACCAACGGCAAAACCUAUGGCUGCGACUUCAUCGUCAGCGCUACAGGGGUCACGCCAAAUACUGAACCGUUUCUCCUAGGAAAUGACUUUGCAGUGGCGGAGGACUCUGGCCUCAAAGUGGACGACCACAUGCGGACAUCGGAACCAGAUGUGUAUGCAGCUGGGGAUGUGUGCACUACAGGCUGGGAUCCCAGUCCCCUGUGGCAACAGAUGCGACUGUGGACCCAGGCCCGGCAGAUGGGCUGGUUUGCAGCGCGAUGCAUGGCAGCGGACCUCCUGGAUGAGCCAGUAGAGUUGGACUUCUGCUUCGAGCUCUUCUCUCACAUCACCAAAUUCUUUAACUACAAGGUGGUUCUAUUGGGAAAGUUCAAUGCGCAAGGCCUGGGGCAGGAUCAUGAGCUUCUGGUACGCUGCACCAAGGGGAAAGAGUAUGUGAAGGUGGUGCUGAGGCAGGGGCGGAUGGUGGGUGCCGUGCUGAUUGGAGAGACAGACCUGGAGGAGACCUUUGAAAAUCUCAUGCUCAAUCAGAUGGACUUGUCUGCCUAUGGAGAUGAGCUGCUCAAUCCCAACAUUGACAUUGAGGACUACUUCGACUGACCUAGGUUCUGUCACCCACCUGUCUUUCCAGAUCGUUUCAGCUUCAAGCUUUUCAUUCAUGAAAGGAUGGUGGCAAAGUUAAGUCGAUUGGUGCACUUUGAGGAUAUUGCCUAUUUGGGCAAGUCUAUGGAAAUAUUUUUUGUUUUCAUUUUAUGCCUUCCUAAAGCCGUAUCAACAGUUAAACCUGGCUGUAAAUAAAGGAUAAUCCAAUGUG